CCAACAGCUGUUCGAUAAAAAAAGUAUAUGUAUUUCAAAAGUUUACACAAAUUUACAUGAUUUGCUAAAAAUUGCAUAAAAAGUGAAAGGAAUAACUAAAAUGGAACAAUUUAAAGGACUACAAAAGAGUUUAUAUAUUUGGUCUCAAACAGAUGAUUUGGAGAAACAAGUGGACCAGUUAAAAACAGCUACAGGUGGUGAGGUUUUGGUGGAAAAUAUUAAUCGCUUAACAUUUGCCUCCCAUGCUAAUGCCUCCUUUGAUUUAAUUGUGGUGGAAAAUGCUCAACUGACUGAUGCAUUUGGUAAAUUACUACAAUUAUUGAAACCUAAGGGCAAAUUACACCUUUUAAGUUUUGUGGGAUCACACGAUAGUUUAAUACAGGAACUGAAAUUAUCAGGAUUCAUAAAUGCACAAGUGGCAGCUUCUAGCAUAACCAGUGAAAAACCUGGCUAUGAAACGGGUUCAGCAGUAAAAUUGUCAUUUGCCAAAAAGACCACAAAACCGGCAGCUGUAUGGAAAAUUGACGGAGACGAGGAGGCGGAAGAAGACUUAAUAAAUGAAGAUGAUUUACUAGAUGAAGAGGAUAAAAAGAAACCAGAUCCAGAGUCUUUAAGAGUCUGUGGCACAACUGGCAAACGUAAGGCCUGCAAAGAUUGUUCCUGUGGUUUGGCUGAAGAAUUGGAAGCGGAAAAAUCUAACACUAAAGUAGAAACACAAAACGCCAAAUCCAGUUGUGGCAGUUGUUAUUUGGGUGAUGCUUUCCGCUGUUCUACCUGCCCUUACUUGGGUAUGCCAGCCUUCAAGCCAGGCGAGAAGGUACAACUGGCGGGAAAUCUUUUGAAUUCCGAUAUUUGAUUUAUUGCGAGACUCUAAUUAUGUUUAUACUAAAUAUUUCCUAAAUAUUCAAUAAAAAAAUAAAUGUUCUUCUUUCCAAGCUUUCUUAUACCCUUCACCUUCAGUGGUUGGGGUAUAUAAGUUUGUCAUUCCGUUUGUAA